UCCAAAGAGAACUAAAGAUUUUAUCUAUUUUAGAGCAGAAAGCAUAGAAUAUAAUUCAAUUACUGGGUCAUUUAAUACUAAAAUAGAGAUGAUCAUUCUUUAUCCUUCUCAGUCUGUAAAAUUUAAACACUUAGACACAUCAGAAAUUAACAUUAAAGCAGAAAUACUUAUCUUAUAUCAGAACUUUAAUUUUAACAUAUCUGAAACCUUAUCUGAUAAUGUAUCAAAGACUCAUUCAAUUAUCAAUAUUAUCGCAGAUAAUGUCGAAUCUGGAACUACAUUGACAUUCAAUAAUUUAUUUUCUUUAGAUUAUAGCACUGUCGUAACAUCUACAUUAUUCAAGAUAUUGCCUGCUUUUACUAUCCCUAAUACAAAUAUGAAAUCAUCUUUUGAAAAGACAAACUAUUUAAACUUAGAAGAUGAGAAUAACAGUGAAGAACAAACUAAAAUUAAUGAAAAAAAGAUAUUGAUAUUGAUAUAG